AUGGAACAUAUCAACUUGAGGGGAGGUUUGGACGAGAAGGUGAAUGGCGAGGGACAUUCCAGAGGAGAAUUAUAUUUAACAUUAGAUGAGCUACGUUGGGUACAAUUACAUGUAGGCCCUGAAUUUGGGUUUAUUUUAUCUCCAGCCAUUCCUAAAACUCAGAAACAGAAAAAAAGCAAAACAAAAUCAGAAAUAGAACACGAAGAUAAAUGUCUAACAAGGUCUGGAGUUUCUGUUUCAAACAAAAGACAAAGAACUGGUUCUUUAUCUGGAAAAAGUGCUUCUGGUUCUAUUCUUUAUAUUCCUGAAGAUAAAGGAAACUGUGCAAGUAGUGAAGUUAGUUUUGAAGGGAAAACCACAAGACAGAGUAGUGGUAAUAGAGCAUCUAUGAGCCACGAUGCCACAUCAAGAGAUUAUAUUGGUGCUAGUAAUAUUGGGCCAGGUUCUACUAAUGUUGCAGUUAAUAUGAAAAAUAUAAAGAUGAUUGAUUUUAAAACCUUUUCCUUGGCACUUUUAGACAAGUUAAGUAAGAUUCCUGGCUCCAGAUGGUUUUUACAGCCUGUAGAUCCAGAACUCGAUGGAGUCCCAGACUACUUUGAUAUCAUUGAAAACCCUAUGGAUUUCCAGACUAUUCAUGAAAAGUUGAUUCAAAAUAUGUACAAGAAUCCUUUUGGUUGGCAACUGGAUAUGAGAUUGGUCUUCUAUAAUGCUUUAAAAUAUCACAAGCAGGGUAAUACUGUGAGAGAUGAUGCUCUUUCUUUAGCAAUUGAGUUCGAAAACAAAUGCAAAGAAAUCAAAGAAGUGAAUCCUUAUUAUUAUACUAUUUUACAAGAUAAACAAGAGUCUUUGCCUAUUUCACAGUUAGAAUAUGCUGAUACUUUGUUGGAUAAGCUUGGUACUUUUGAUUCAAACACAUUAAUUAGAAUUUAUUCUUUAUUAUUUGACUCCAGUAAGGAGAGUCAGGAUUUUAUUGAUGACUCCCAACCUACCCCAGAAAUGAUCUUGGAUAGGCUUAGAUUCAAACCUAAAAUAAUUCGUGAACAAAUUGUAUUAUUAAUCGAUUCAAUUAUUCAAAUUGAAAAUAAGUACCAAAAAAUUGGUCAAAAUGCCAAAGAUGAGGAGAUUGCUAACAAAACUAAUUUUCUUAAUGAUGAUGUAGCAAUGACUCCAAGCAGUGAUGGGAGUAGUUCUGAGGAUGCUCAACUUUCUAAAGAUCCAGAUAUUGAUGAUGAGUUUGAUGGCAGUGAAGAAUUUGUAAGAAUACAAACUGAGAAUUCAAAUCCACAGCAUGAUAUUCCAAUUAAUUCAGAUACUAAUAGCAAUGAUGAUGAACAUGAAGACAUUUAUAGCAACUCCAUUCAUGGUAAGGAAAUUCUUAACUCUUCUUUUACUUCUAAUACCUUUCCAAUCCCUCCACAAGAGUCUGCUUGGGGUGAAUGGAAGGCAAAGGUUAUUCAUAAUAGUACUCUAACUCAGAGAGAAAAUGCUCCCAAGAAGUCAAAGAGAGAGAGAGAGGCUGAACAGGCUGAUGCUGAAAUUUGA